UAGCGACGGCGAUCUCCGUUCUUUUACUACCGAGAAAAGAAAAAUUUUAUUCUACCCUUUUGUCACUCCACUUCUGUUCUCCUCCUUCAACUCCUCCCUCCCCCCUUCUCUCUCCUUCGCCAAAUCCGCCCCCGCGAUCCACCGCCAGAGACAUACCCUCGUUCCCCAGAUUACCGAAACCGUAAUCGUAGAGAUCCUCUCCCUCUCCUCUGGGCCACAAUGGAGGAGGCGUUGGACUUGGCGAUGGCCAAGGACGCCAAGGAGCGGAUGGCCGGGGUGGAGCGUCUCCACCAGUUCUUGGAGGCGUCGAGCAAGAGCCUCUCCCCGGCCGAGGUCGCGUCCCUCGUCGACUGCUGCAUGGAUCUCCUUAAGGAUGGCAACUUCCGGGUCUCCCAGGGGGCGCUCCAGGCCCUCUCCUCGGCGGCCGUGCUCUCCGGGGAACACUUCAAGCUCCACCUCAAUGCACUUAUCCCUGCCAUCGUGGAGAGACUCGGGGACGGGAAGCAGCCCGUCCGGGAUGCGGCGAGGCAGCUGCUGAUCACCAUCAUGGAGGUCUCCUCAGCGACAAUUAUUGUGGAAAGAGCUGGGAGUUAUGCUUGGACUCACAAAAGUUGGAGAGUCCGGGAAGAGUUUGCACGUACAGUUGCAUCUGCAGUUGGCCUUUUUGGUUCCAUGGAGCUCCCUCUUCAGCGAGUUCUACUUCCUCCUAUUUUGCAGUUGUUGAAUGACUCAAACUUUAGUGUUAGAGAAGCUGCUACAUUGUGUAUUGAGGAGAUGUACACACAAUUUGGACCUCAAAUUCAUGAUGAAUUGCAGCACCAAAAUCUCCCUUUAUCUAUGAUGAAAGAAAUUAAUGCUAGGUUGGAGAAACUAGAGCCAAAGGCUUACCAUUCAGAUGGGCAUGGAAGUAAUUUCAUCCCUACAGAAGCAAAAGCUUUACAUGCUGGCCAUAAAAGGAGCAGUCCAAGGACUAAGAGCAUGACAAGGGAAAGCUCACUCUUUGGAGGAGAGAGUGACAUAACUGAAAAGCCAAUAGACCCCAUUAAAGUGUAUACCGAGAAGGAAUUGGCAAGGGAAAUUGAGAAAAUUGCAUCUACACUUGUACCAGAGAAAGACUGGUCAGUUCGAAUAGCUGCCAUGCAAAGAAUUGAAGGCCUUGUUUUUGGAGGUGCCAUGGAUUAUCCGUCAUUCCUCAUGCUCUUAAGGCAACUUGUAACUCCUUUAAGCACUCAGCUUUCUGAUCGACGAUCAAGUAUAGUUAAACAGGCCUGCCAUGUGUUGAGCUUCUUGUCAAAGGAAUUUUUAGGAGACUUUGAGGCUUGUGCUGAGGUGUUCAUUCCGGUGCUUUUUAAGCUUGUUGUUGUAACCAUUCUUGUGAUUGCGGAGUCAGCAGACAACUGCAUAAAGACGAUGUUGCGCAACUGUAAGGUUGCACGGGUCCUUCCAAAGAUUGCUGAUUGUGCAAAGAAUGACCGAAGUUCAGUUCUUCGUGCUAGGUGUUGUGAGUAUGCUCUUUUAGUACUAGAAUACUGGGCUGAUUCUCCAGAAAUACAACGAUUGGCUGAUCUAUAUGAAGACCUUAUAAAGUGCUGUGCAGCAGAUGCAAUGAGUGAGGUGCGCUCAACUGCUCGAACUUGCUAUCGGAUGUUCACAAAAACUUGGCCGGAGCGUUCUCGGCGUCUCUUUUUAUCAUUUGAUCCUGCCAUACAAAGGAUAAUAAAUGAAGAAGGGGGAGGGUUCCAGAAAAGAUAUGCUUCUCCUUCACUUCGUGAAAGAGGAGUGCAGUUAGCACAUGCUCCAUCUCAUACCUCUACCACAAACAUUCCUGGAUUUGGAACUUCUGCUAUUGUUGCAGUAGACAAGAGUGCAAGUCUCACUUCAGGAACAUCUCUUGCUUCAGGAAGCUUGCUCCCAUCACAAACAAAACCCUCUGGAAAGGUUUCUGAAAGAAGUGUUGAAAGUGUACUCCAUGCAAGUAUACAAAAGGUUUCAGCCAUCGAGAGUCUAUUGAGAGGUGCAAGCAUAUCUGAGAAGCAAAAUUCCUCAAUUGCACACUCAAGCAGCUUGGAUCUAGGAGUUGACCCUCCAUCUGCUCAUGAUCCACCAUUUGCUGCUGCCAUUCCUGAUACAGAUCAUCUUUCUUUACAGAAUUCAGUGUCGUCUGAUGCAGCUACUGUUGACAUUGCAAAAAGUGGUGUAAGUAAUAGUGUUUCAAAUUUGACUAGCAUUGUUGCUUCUGAGAGUCAAGCUUCAAGAGAUGCUGUGAAAUUAUCUCAACUUAAUAAUCAAUCAUCUGGUUCUUUAUCAGCCUUAUCGUUGCCUUACAUUUCAAAGAGAGUGUCAGACAGGUUUCAAGAGGGAGAGGAAGAUAAGGCUGAUAUUAGAUCAGCUAGGCAGCUUACUAAUAUGCAGGUCGAGAAGCAACAGUUUGACAUGCUAUACAAGGAUGCUGGAUACAGGGAUUCACAGAAUAAUUAUGUUCCAAAUUUUCAGAGGCCACUUCUAGGAAAGCUGGUAACUGGAAGGGUUACUGCAAGCAGUAGAAAAAGUUUUGAUGAUGGUCGACUCCCACUGAGUGAAAUGACUUGCUAUUUGGAUGGUCCAGCAUCCCUUAAUGAUGCACUCAAUGAGGGUCUAAGUCCUAGUUCUGAUUGGGUUGCUAGGGUUUCUGCAUUUAAUUAUAUCCAAACUUUGCUGCAGCAAGGGCCAAAAGGCAUUCAAGAAGUUGCACUAAAUUUUGAGAAGAUCAUGAAGCUCUUUUCCCAGCAUUUGGAUGAUCCUCACCAUAAAGUUGCCCAAGCUGCUUUGUCAACUCUCGCAGAGAUUAUUCCACCUUGCAGAAAGCCUUUUGAAAGCUAUCUGGAGAGGAUCAUGCCACAUGUUUUUUCUCGGUUGAUUGACCCAAAGGAGCUAGUUAGGCAGUCAUCUUCCACAACCUUGGAAAUUGUUGGUAGAACCUAUGGUAUCGAAUCUUUGCUACCUGCCCUUCUCCGUUCACUGGAUGAACAAAGGUCUCCUAAGGCAAAAUUGGCUGUUAUCGAGUUUACCAAUAGCUCCUUCAGCAAGCAUCCAGUAUAUUCUGAUGGUUAUGGCAAUAAUGGUUUCCUCAAGCUAUGGCUUUCUAAGCUACAUCCUUUAAUUAACGAUAAAAAAAUUAAACUAAAAGAGGCUGCCAUUUCUGGAAUAAUAUCAGUUUACUCCCAUUAUGAUUCCACAUCAGUCUUGAAUUUUAUACUCAGUUUGUCGGUUGAAGAACAGAAUUCAUUAAGACGGGCACUUAAGCAGUACACCCCUCGUAUAGAGGUUGAUUUAGUGAACUUUCUGCAGAGUAGGAAAGAGCGCCAACGUUCAAAAUCCUUUUAUGAGCAGUCAGAUGUUGUUCUAACCUCUUCUGAGGAAGGGUAUGGUGGAACAUCAAAGAAAGAUCACUUGUUUGGAAGGUAUUCAGCAGGUUCUGUUGAUAAUGAAGGUCUGAGUAAGUUGAGUUCCAUGCAAGAAUCACUCAAAUCCAUCAGUCAGGUCACUUCUGCUGAAACUCAGCAGCAUUUGUUUCAUAAUGCUGAACCUGUUUCUGAUUCUGUCAGUCUUGGACAGAAAAGCAAGGACUUGAAGUACAAAGAUGAUGGUGUAGUGAAAAGUACCAGAUCAAGGGCAAAAUGCCUGGAAAAUUCUGAUUCUGGCAUGCACCUUGAGACUUCGGUAGCAACCCCACGUCUAGAUAUAAUUAGAUUGAUGAGCUCUGAUGGGUGCAAGGCCAAUAGAUUGAACCUUGGUAAUGAAAGCACUUGUGAGAUGGAGGUCACUAAUGAGAAUAUGGAUUCUCUAAAGAACAACCCCAACAAAAAAAAUGGAGCCAGCAUACCUCAACUUCUUCAUCAAAUUUGCAUUGGGAAUGAUGAAAACUCAAGUCUAAAUAAGCGUGAGGCUCUGCAUCAAUUGGUUGAAGCUUCUAAGGUCAAUGAACACUCUAUCUGGGCCAAGUAUUUCAACCAAAUUCUAACCAUGGUGCUUGAGGUGUUAGAUGAUCCUGAUUCAUCCAUUAGAGGACUGUCUCUUUCUUUAAUCAUGGAAAUGCUGAACCAUCAGAAAGCAGGAAUGGAAGAUACUAUUGAAAUUGUUGCUGAAAAAUUGCUUCAUGCAACCAGAGAUGCGGUUGUAGAGGUUUCCAAUGUAGCACACCGCUGUUUGACAAUUGUGUUCGCUCAAUAUGAUGCAUUUAGAUGCCUUGAUGUUCUCAUGCCUUUGCUGGUUAGUGAUGAUGAAAAGAUCCUCGUUGUUUGCAUUAGUUGUUUAACUAAGCUUCUAAGUCGGCUUUCACAAGAGGAACUAAUGACACAACUACCCUCAUUUCUGCCUGCACUUUUUGAAGCAUUUGGGAACCGAAGUCCAGAUGUUCGUAAGACGGUGGUGCUCUGUUUGGUGGAUAUUUACAUCAUGCUCGGCAAAGCAUUCUUGCCAUAUCUGGAGCGGCUUAAGAGCACGCAAUUGCGGCUGGUAACUAUUUAUGCAAACCGGAUUUCACAGGCAAGAUCUGGUGCCACAAUAAAUGCUAAUCAUGGAUGAUCAUUUUCCCUGUGUAGAUGUGUUUUUUUGUUUCUGUAUCCAUUAUUGUGUUUAUAUAGUGUAUUGAAUGUUGUGUGUGGAGAGGGUUUGUUUGACACAGUAGGUUGGUAGCUGAAGUUAGUGUGCUAUAGGUGGGGUUCUAUGGGUAUGGUCAACAAUCGUGGUGCAUGAGAAGUAAAACCCAUUGCCACAAGAAUCCAGAUAUCAGUUUUUGUUUUUAUAUUGGUUUUUUGAGUUUGUUCAAGUUUCACCUCAACUACACUUGUUAUGAAUGGCUCGCCCAGGUAUUGCUGCUUAAUAUCAGUUGAGUGCUUUAACCC